AUGAUAUGGGACGUGUUUGAUGUGCAGGAAUUGGCCUUCGAAAUGUUCAAGGUCAUCUCCAUGAUUGUCCUGCGGUACCUUGAGGAGAUCUGUAUGUGUUGGGCACCUACAAUGUUCUUCACGGUCCUUACUGCCCAGAUCCUACUGCUCCUGUGGUACAUGAGAUGGUAUUGCCCAAUGAGAAUCAGUAAAAGUGGCCAAGUUCGGACACCUACAUGGGCAAGAAUGCUUUUGGGCUUUGCUGUCAUCGGCAAAGUUGCAGCUGGCCCUCCCUCACGGUGGCAAAAGCCCAGCGAUCUGGAUUGGUGGCGAGACGGACUUCAAACUCCGGCAGAACAUGCUAGAGCUGUCGAAGCUGUUAUGCAGUUGAAUAGCCCGCUCCACAGCCAAGGGCUGCUGCCGCCUAAUGUUUAUGAAGCUGGCCCGCCCCGUGUGCCGCCAGAGCCACCGGACCCUCUUGAUGACGAUCCAGGCGGUGAUGAUCUAGCAGAGCACCAACUGACCGAUGAUGAGGCCCCCCGAGCUGUACAUGUGUCAGUGUGGAUUGCCACACCUCACAGUGAGCCGGAAAGUGUUGAUGUCGGUUUAGCCUUUCCUUUGACACUCAAUGGCUUGUUUGACGUUGCCCGCGAGUCUGUCAAUGCUAUGUCUGAGAGAUGGCUGAGCUCAGUUGUCGCAACCAGGCCACAGCUUAGCGAAGAUUAUGCCAGCCUGCUCCUCCUCCCGGAAUGGGUACAUGACUCAGACAAGACAGCGAUUGUGCUGGAUGCAAGACCUGCAGGCCGUGGAGUACACGCAUACUAUGUGCAGGGUGCAAUCACAAGGUAUGCGGCCCUGCAAAAGAUUGACAUCGGCCCUGAAGAGCCCUACGAAGUUUUCAUUGGUGGAGAUUUGGCUCCUCUUGGGCACCAGAGCACCAGGAAUGCGACACAGGGCCUCGUGCUACAGGUCCUCCCGCGUGGCCAAGUUGUGGAGUGGGCAGGCCACCUCGAAGAUCGACUCGAUGAUCCAGCUCGUUGGAACCCGGAGUCCGAACACCCGGCUCUUAGAGAAGGGAGGCUGAUCUCGUUUCAGUCUGCCACAGAUCAGUUCAUGUACAAGGCCAACCGACGUGACAACAUGCAGCCCAUGCAGGUUGCAACUUGGGCCUUCAAUGUCCAAGAAAGCCAAAUAUGGUUACGAGCCCCUACGGAGCGUCCCCACAGACUGUGUUGGGCAGGCCACAGAGUGCACAGUGUCAUUGCGGUUGUUGAUCGUGCACUGUUCCAGCCGGCCGACACUCAGAUUGUCUUCCUGGACCUUCGAGGUAUUGGGCAUUGGCCGCAAUGGGUUGCAGUGCAGGACCACCUUUUUCAUGCUGGUCUGUAUGUUGAGAGCCUUCAGAUCGAGGUGAUCCCUGAGUACACUAUUGUUGUCAGAGGAGGAACCCCACAUGGCAAUGAAGGGCAUGUAUGGGUUGCUGAUGGUGACACCCUCGACAUACACUUCCAGCGCGUCGCAGACCUCACCCCGUCACCAACCAGUCAUGGCUCAGAAGGGUCGGAGGAGUCCAGCUCUACAAGAGACGCCCUCCCUGACUCCUCGGAUUUAUCUGGAAGUCCACCAAGGGGACCAGGUCCAUGGGGUCCGCCGCCUCCAAGACCCGUCAAUCAACCGAGGUCUGCCAGUCGUUCUCCUCGUAGACAUGCCCUGGCUGGAGAGGAGCCACCAGUGCCGGUUACGAUUUGCCUCGCCAAUCAGAUCCCGGUGCCUGUCUACGACCUCACCAUGGAAACCCUUGAACUUCCUGAUGUCCCUGCUUCGUGGAAGGAUUGUCCUACCCCGUGGCCACUCACUUGGCUUAUCGGUGAUAUCAGUCAAUUGCCACUGAAAGAUGUGACGAAGGCUGCCAUAGAUACUACAGUCGAUUGGCGUGCCCUGCUGUCCAAACCACGAGGAGCAGAAGAGCUUCAUGUCCUCCUCUAUACCGACGGCUCCGCCAACCAACAGAAUGGCACCAGUGGUUACGCGGUUACGAUCCUGCUCCGGAUUGGCACCUGUCUCGCCCUCUUUGGCCUGCUAAGCGAGCAACUAUGUGGCGACAGUACCACUGCAUGGCCUAUCGCUGCUCCUGCAGCCCUUAGAGCUGAACAAAUUGCUGUCACAGCUGCCCUUUUGUGGGUCUUGCAGUUUCGCUCGAUGCUUGGACAAUUCCACUGUGAGAUCCACUUCGACUGCCUCACGGCUGGAUAUGCAGCUACGGGACAAUGGAAGGCCCCAGACGAGUUCGGCCAGAAGGCCCACCAUCUCGAAAUGUACCUACGUGCUCAACCUGGCAUCGAACUCUCCAUGGGACACGUGAAGGCCCACGAAAUGCAGACCCUUGACCUGGCAUGGUUGGUUUCUGAGGUCCGGGCCCAACAAUGUGCGGCACUCCCAAUCAAGCAAGGAAGGUUGACGUGGAAGACCUUUCGUGAUGAUGGUUUCCGCCUGAACCCGAGCCAGCUCGUGCCCACAGUCAGCCGAGAUUCCUGUUCAGCCGCCCAGAUCCCCAGGAACUUCGACAUGCAGGUUGCCGUUUUGAAUGUCCAAGGCUUUGGAAGGAAUUAUGCCUACCUUGAGGCCCAACUUGAUGAACUCGAUUCUCAGGUUGUCAUGUUCCAGGAGACCAAGGCCCCUGGUGGAGUCAUCCGCACUCGGAAGUACAUCAGACUGGCCACUGAGUCCCUUUCAAAAUGGGGUGUUGCAGUUUGGAUCCACCGUGUCAAGGGCAUCAUGUACCUGAAUGAGAAGGCCACCCUCGUUGAUGAAAACGAUGUCCUUGUCGUCGAUGAAAGUCCCAGGUUACUGGUUCUCCGUGUGACCUGUGCUGGUGUCAGACUUGGUAUCAUUGCAGCGCAUUGCCCGCACGAAGCGAAAGGAACUGAGUGUUGGGAUUUCCUCGAUCGACUUGAAAGGGGAGUGAAUCAGGUCAAAAAGGAUGACAUUGUGGUGCUGGGGAUAGACCUGAAUGGACGGGUCCCUUGUGGAGUUGAGGGGACCACAGGCCCGGUUGAAUGUGGAACCCCUGACGCCAUUGGCAGAAAGUUUGUGAAGCUGAUGGCGUCUACGAGAAUGUGGCUCCCAUCCACGUACCGACAUCUCCACGAAGGUAUUGACACCACAUUUGUGCACCCGUCUGGCAGUGAGCACCGCAUUGACUUCAUCGCUGUCGGAGGCCGUGCUGUCAGCACGGCGGCCAAGAGCAGCGUCCACUUGGACUUUGAUACGGGAUCUCCAAGGGAGGACCAUCGUCUUGUGGUGUUGCACAUGAAAGGCAUGAUCGCUGGUGGCCUGAGCCGUGCGGCCCUCUGGCGCCCAGUUUAUGACCGCGACAAACUUAUGUCCCCGGCAGGCCAGGAGAUCCUAGCUGAAGCAUGUCAAGCUUUUGAGCAACCAGCGUGGAAUGUGUCACCAGAUGAACAUUGUAACCUCAUCCAGGAGAUGUUGCAUGCCACUUUGCAGACUCACUUCCUUGCCGAAAAGCACGCGGCCAACUCCUCAUACAUCCCUCAAGAGGUAUGGGAGCUCCGCAGGGCCAAGACUAGCCUCAAGAAGGCCACUCGUGGCAGAAUCAGGCUAUGGAAGGACCUGGUAGACUGGGCCUGGCAGAAAUGGCGAACUGGAGCUGAAACUGGCUUACUGAACCUCAUCAGCAAGCAGGGGCUCCUGUACCAGAUAGCUGCUGCAGCAAUCCGGUAUGCCACGGCCCGUAUCAGUGCUGAUGUUGCCAAGGCCAGGCAAACCUUUCUCUCAGGGAUCCUGCAUGAAGGGCACCAAGGUGCCGGACAAGUGCUACGCAGAGUAUGUGCAGCUGGAGUUGGUGGAGCCAAGGCCAGGCAAAAGAAGAGACCCCUACCGGCUUUGUUGCACCCGAAAAGUGGACAGACAGUUGGGCAUCGUGAAGGAUAUGAUCAGGUUUGGCUUGAACAUUUCGGUGGGCAAGAGCAGGGAGAAAUUCUCCCCACGGACUUACUGAUCGAACAAGCGGCCCAACCCAUGCCGACCGAGGAUGUCACGUGGCAUAGUGAUUUCUUGCCAACACAGGCUGAUGUGCAACAAGUGCUGCGGGCUGUUCCGAGGAGAAAGGCAGCCGGCCUGGACAACUUGCCGGGUGAAGUCCUCACGAGUGGGCAUGCGGCUUUGGCCGCUGUCCUUCACCCCCUUUAUGUCAAGGCCAUGUUAUUGGCCAGACAACCGCUUCAGUGGCGUGGUGGCAUAUUGUACGAGUGCUACAAGCAGAGUGGCAGCUGUCAAGAUGUCGCGAAUUUCAGGAGCUUGUUCGUGAGCAGCAUGGUCGGCAAGUGCUACCACAAACUUGUGAAGAGCAAAAUCCAAGCUCAAACACAGACAGCCCUGCACCCUCUCCACUGUGGCCCACGGCAAAAGGCACCAGUCCUCUUCCCGGAGCUUUACAUCUUGACCCAUGUUCGCAGAUGCCACCAGAAAAAGCUGAAUUAUGCAAUACUCUUCUUGGACACAAAGAGUGCAUACUACAGCAUUGCCAGAGAACUCGUAGUUGGUGAUAUUUGCCUGGACCAGACGGUCAUCAAGGUGCUACAGCGGUUCAAUCUGGGGCCAGAAGACCUGCGAGAGUUGAUGGAGGUGAUCAGUGGUGGAGGCGUUAUGCAACAGGCUGGCGUGGAGCCGGCACUGCGGCAGGUCAUCCGCGACCUCCAUUACCAGACUUGGUUUACUCCGCGGUUCGCGGAUGGAAGCCGGGCCUGCCGAACGUAUGCGGGCUCCCGGCCAGGCGAGAGCUUCGCUGACACUGUUUUCGCUUGGAUUUAUAGCAAGAUCCUUUGCUCCAUCUACGAAGCAGCUGCUGCAGAGGAUCUCGCAUUUGCCCUGCCCUAUGACGCUGCCACUGGGGCAUUUGGCAAUGGGCGAGAAGGUGUUGAAGAACAGUCCUGGGACGCCACCUGGGCAGAUGACAGUGCCUUUCCGACGGCUGCUACAACAUGCGAGGAGGUGAUUCGCAAAGCUACAAGACUGUCGGACGUCGUCAUUGGGACUUGCUUGGCACAUGGCCUUGUACCCAACAUGAAAGUUGGGAAAACCAGCAUGAUCCUCUACAUGCGUGGCAAGGACACGGUCAAGGUCAAGCAGAGGCUUUUUGCUGAUGGGAAGCCGGUGUUAAAGUUGCCGGAGACUGGUCAGACAGUACCGUUGGUUCCUCAAUACAGACACCUCGGAGGCUUUGUCGACAUCAACAAUACGAUGAUGGUUGAAGCCAGGCAUCGGGUUGCCAUGGCUGCCCAGGCUUAUGACAAAUCGGCUAAGCUUCUCCUCAACCGGAGGGAUCUAUCAGUUGAAGUUCGUGCCGGGCUCUUCCACAUCAAUGUCACCGCUUCCUUCUUUAACGUCGCUUUGUGGGUGCCAAAGGGUCGAGCAUGGAGCCUCAUGAACAAUGCCUACUCCAGGCUGGUCCGACGAUUGCUCACCCCCCUGGUGAAAGGCGACCGAAUAUUUCAUGUACCGCUCAUUGCCGCGCACUUAGCCACUGGUUGUUGGUGCCUUGACUUAGUUGCAAGACGAGCCCGCCUCGGGCUCUUGACUUCUUUGGUUGCACACGGACCGGACUUGCUAUGGGCAGCACUUCAAGAAGAACAGAGUUGGCUUCUGACGGUGCAGGAUGACCUACGCUGGUUUGUUCGGGACAACCCAGAUGCAUGGCCGCAAGCCAAUGCAGCCGAUUGGCCCAACUGGUGGACCCGUCUCAAGGAAGCACCUGCCACUUUCAAAAAGCAGGUUACCCGGAAGCUCAAGGCAGACCAUGCGAAGACCUGCGAGCAGGCAAUGGUUGAUUUAUGCCACUGGAGUCUCUACAACAUGCUUCCCCUGCAGCGAGCUCCAGCCCAAGAAGAUAAAGUUUGGAAAUGCUGGAUUUGUGAUGUCAAGUUCAGCACAAAAGCCAAGCUGAGUGUCCAUUUCUUCAAGCGGCACCAGAGAGUUGCUGAGUACAGGAAGUAUGUCCAUGGGACGUUCUGUGCCGGCUGUGGUACAGAAUUCUGGACAGGCAGGAGACUCAUGGCUCACCUUCGUUCCUCAACGAGGUGUGUCUCAGCUCUCAAAAGUUGCGGAGGACCGGUUUCCAAGAUCCAUGCUGGUUUCGGCAGUCGGCAACAAAGGAAGGAGGAUGUAGAACAGUACACCCCGGCAGUCCCAGUUCAGACGGGGACACCACAGCCGGCCGGUUCUGCUGGCCAGUGGAGCUGUCAGCAAUCGCAGUUGUACGAAGUGCUUUGUACGAUUGCUUUUGAAUACAGUGACCCUGACUCCUUUCAUGACCGUGUCUGCCGGGCAUUGAGGACUCUCCCGCUUUACCCAGAUGAGAUUGGUGCUGUCUUCGAGUUCCUUGAAGCUGAAAUGAAGUUUCUUGUUGAGCAGGAUACGGACCCCAUUUGGAGCAAGGAGACCUUAGAUCACAUCCAUGUGAUCUGUGGACGGAUAUGCGACUGUGGCGCACAGACGAGUCCGACAACCACACACCUGCCCCCGCGCCAGGAGACCUUUGAGGAGUUCCAGCGCCUUCUACAGGAGCUGGACUGGAAUCAGCUACUGGCAUCGAUCCAAGCCGAGCACGGGACCCCUCCUGAAGUCUUGUGUCUACCAGCCAACUGGGAAGCUGAGUGGAAAGCUGGUAGGGAGACCCAAGGAAACUCAGCCGUGCUAGAUAAGCCUGCCACAGCGCUCCCACAGGUCCUACAGCAAGCUUGGACAAGGGUAGCAGCGGGCAUGGCAGUUCAGCUACAGGCGCCAAAGGCGUUUUGGAGCCACAGCGUGGCAAGGCCAUUUGUGCCGCUGCGCAACGACCAUGCAAUUAAUUAG